AUGUCAUCAGCCCGCGCAGCGCAGACUGCAACUUUAUUAUCAUGUGGAAAAGUACUAGUAACAGGUGGUUAUGCUUCAUCGACACGCCUGUGUAGUUGCGAACUCUACGAUCCAACAUCGAAUAGGUGGAGUACAGCCGGUAACAUGUCAUCAGCCCGAUACCGCCACACUGCAACUUUAUUAUCAUGUGGAAAAGUAUUAGUAACAAGUGGUGAUGAUUCAUCGAAUAGCUUGUCUAGUUGCGAACUGUACGAUCCAACAUCGAAUAGGUGGAGUACAGCCGGUAACAUGUCAUCAGCCCGCAGUUUCCACAGGACAACUUUAUUAUCAUGUGGAAAAGUACUAGUAACAGGUGGUUCUUAUGAAUAUCCUAAAAGCUUGUCUAGUUGCGAACUGUAUCAGUAG